AUGAAACAGGACAAAAGGAAGUAUUCCGGGUUCGUUCAAAGCGUUGGCAUAACAUGUGUCCUGAUACUUAUAAUUUUGUGGACAUUGCUGCCAUACCCGCUCCUCGAUCCAGAAAAGAGGCUAGCAGAGCCACAAACAACCACUGAAAGCAUCAGCCUAUUCCUAGAUGAACUGGUGGAGCUCUUUCCGCAGCGCUAUUGGAUAAUAUGCAUCCAGUGUAUGAUCUUGAUGGACAUGUUGUUCGUGUACAUUGGGCUGCCGAUUUUUAACCAAAGCGUACUUACUGUGCGGUUGGACGAUCUGCGGACGAUAACGGACUCCAAGGCAUCCGUUGUUAUGUGUGAAUCGCACGCCGAAUUCCUGACAAGCUAUGCACAUACUGAAACUAGUGGCGUUUACGAUCUCCCUAUAACAGAAGUAUCACGAUUACUUUACGGAAAAGCACGACACAAGAGCGAUUGA